UUCAUUUUCCGCUUCAUUUAUAUACAUAUGUUGCUUUAAAAUCCACAUAAACUGUUUGAUUUGAAAAUAUGAACUCCUUCGCACUUUAUCAAGAUCCUUUGCGUGGGGAGGUCCUGAAAAUAUCGGGAAAUCAGAUCGGCAUGAGUAUGGUUCCCCGGAAAGUUAGUUUCUCGGAUCCGAUUCUGCUGCGGCACAUCCUCUGUCUGGUGAUAGUGGUACACAACAGUUUUCAUCUCAUCCUCUGCUGCAGGCAGUUGAAAUUGUGCAAAAGGACUUCCGUUCCGCCGAAGCAAAUGGAGGGCAUUUUCUCGCAAGAAGCCUUUCAGGCCUCCAAGGAUAAGCAGCUCCAUGCUUCAUCCCUUGAGAUAUUCAAUAUAGCAAUAGAUACAUUAUAUAGCUGCCUUGAUCUGUAUCUUUGCACUCUGGCUGUCCUCUGGAAAUUGACGGUGGGAUGGUAUCGCUAUGCGGGCAGCACUUGGCUGAAUGUGACAUUUAUGACUGUGUUUUCCACCUACUUGGUUGUCCGGAAGUUGCCAUCCCUGUUUUACGAGAAACUUGUCCUGGAUCCCAGAUACAAUGUGGAUCCUGAAAAGACACCGCCCUUGUUGGGUUUGAUUUGCGCGCUGGUUUUUGUCGUCGUUUUCCUACAGGUUGCCGUCAUUCCGCUGACUGCGAUUUUCAUGGCCAUUCAUAUGCUAAGUGAGUGGUAUUUCACACUAUUCGUUUGGCUAGGUCUGGUGGGUUUGUCCGUCCUGGUAUUGGCAUUUGUUGGACUGUUCGGAGUGCCCUGUUUGGGCAAGAGUCGCAAAAUGAAUAGUACCGAUAUGGAUAAUAGCUUGAAAGGGGUACUGGACGACUUCAAGUUUCCUGGCCGGGUCUAUAUGGUACACACCUUCCAUGUGGGUCGUCCGACGGCCUGGGUAAUGGGAUGCUGCUGUUGCCUGCGUUUGGAUAUCCACGAUAACCUGAUGUGGAACCGCGGUUUCAGCUCCGAUGAUUUCGACUGGGGUCAGAUGGGUGCUGGUCUGAAUGACGAGCAGUUGGCCGCCUUUGUGGCCCAUCAGUUGGCCCAUUGGAAACUGUGGCAUGUGGCAAAGGGACUGGCAUUGAUCUACUUUUAUCUCUUGAUAUAUCUACUGCUCUUCGGAAUUUGUAACAGGUGGAUAACGUUGUAUGCGGCCGCGGGCUUUACGACAUUCUAUCCCAGUUCCGUGGGCUUUUGGCUGGUGUACAAGUAUCUAAUGCCCAUCUAUCAUGAUAUAUCCACUUGGAUAGUGUUCUUUUGUAUACGGCACUUUGAGUACGCCGCCGAUGCCUAUGUCAAUCGCCGGGGUUACGGACCACCGAUGAGGGCCGCUCUGCUCAAACUUUUUUCGGAUGAUUACGAGUUUCCCUAUGUGGACCACUGCUACCUCAUGUGGCAUCGCCUACGCCCAUCGAUCCUGCAACGCAUCGAUAAUCUGCAGCGAUUGAAUAUGACCAAUGGUGUCUCCACAGCAUGAUAACUGAAUGCCUUUCGAUUAAAUCACAAAUAUAACCCCUUCUUCCUGAUUUAAAGUAUUUCUUAAAUUGCAUCCUAGUUAUCUCUUGAAUGUAAGUCCUCUACCGCUUCGAAAAGUCCUGAAAGAGAACAGUUCCUGCCUGACAGUCCUGGGAUUUAACUUUAAGUGUACGGGUAGAGAGCAGGGGAAGUUUCCUGUCCCAGCCGAAACUUUUCCGUUGUGUUUUAAUUAAAAUUCGUUUCAAAUAAGCCGCUGUCACACCGCUCCCCCCCUCACCCGAUUUUUCUCUUUGGGUGUUAAAAGCUAAUUUCCCCUCGGUGCGAGGGUUGCACAAACCGCAUCUGAGACUACGAAAAGUCUUUAAACUUUGGAAAUUAAUAUCAUAGCAAAGCUUCCGAAACUAGAAGACAGACUUUAUUCAACUAGUUUUUGUAGUAGUUAAGACAUAUGUACAUAUUUGAACGGCAAACUUUAAAAAUAUUUUGUAGAAACAACUAACAUAUUUAUAUUUUCAAAAUUUGAUAAAAUAUUUUGAAGUUAUUUGGGUGAUGAAAAUUGACAAAUUUUGAAUCUGAACCAUCUGCAUCUAUUGAGCAAUACGAUUAUGGAUAUUGUUUACGGCUUUUUUGCACAGGUUCCCUAUUUCGC